CCAAUCACGAACAAGAAUCGAUUCCUCGCUCCGUCGGUGGUGCAUCAUAUCGACGCGAAUCGUGCUGUGACCCGGGAAGCUCAUCGCCUGAUGUCAUCCCCUCCGCGCCAGAUGUCCUCUCAUGGAAACAACACGGACAGCUUGACACCGAAGAAGAAGAAGCAGCAGCUCACUGGAGGCAGCCAUGCAAACAACCCCACGGCGAAAGGGCUCGUGCGGGAGAUACAGGCUCAGUUGGCCUCUCGACAAGGAUUGCUCGCCGAACAGCGUGAAAUGAUCCUCGCGCAACGAGCAUCCAAUACCAAACUAUAUUCGUCGAUCAUGGACCAACUUUCAGCGAUGGACAAGCAACUGGACGCCCAACUGGCACAUGUCAAGCAGCAACGGCACCAACACGACAGCUAUUCCCGCAACGUGGACAAGUCACUGCGCCAAGCCAGGGCUACGGAAGCUCGCGAUGCAAAGCGUCGUAAACCCGCGCCCCCGAUCUCAGCCCCCCCCGCCACGUCUCCCUUAGUUUUGUCCACAGUGUCGCAUGGCAUGGCCGCAUCCUCCCCGGCGACACCGUCGAGUUCGUCAGCAACGCCGGUCCCGCCCAAGUGGGACGUGCACAAGUGCGGCCAGUUCGGGCACCUCUCGAACCUCCACCGCACCGUGACGCUGGUAGGCGACGGGUGGAAUGUGGUCGUGGCGACGCACCCCGUGGACGCCUUCUCUGUCCGGGUGUCAUGGCCGGCGACUGCUUCCGGCGCCGUUGCCGUCGGCUUCACCCGCGAGCCCAACUGCUGGAAGAUCCCAGUGAACAACCCGCCGCGGAGCUUUCCGUACCACAAGACGGGCUGGUUCGUGAAUGUGAACCAGGGCACCGUGUCGUCCUGCAAUGACGAUGAAUAUGCAAAAGAUCAGAGUAGUCGCCGAUGGACGUUCCAGACGGGGGAAGUGCUGACUGCAGCCUUUGACUUUACCCGCGACGAGAUUACAUUUGCGAAUGAAGGCAACGACCAAGGAACGAUCAUCCUGGACAACGUUCGCAGCAACGCGCUGUACCCUGCCGUCGUGUCAUAUGAUACCGGUGUGCAAGUGGAAUUUGUGUCCAUGUAGUCAUAGAUGUUUGGGUUUUAAUUUCAUGGACAAAUACAAUACCCGUACUAUA